CAUGAAAAACAAACUGAAGGCAAAUUAUGCUGAGUUGAAUCGAACUGCAGAAGUCGUUCGAAAACUUAACAAGGGAAAAGCAGUUCUGAAUGAACUUCUUUCCUUGGGAAAACAACAUGGUGAUCUUACUGGAAUAGGGUACACUGGUAGGGAAGACAUUCCUGAGUCCUCAACUGGAACUUCAAAUACAAAACAUACCA